AUGGGCAUUCGACCAAGACGCGGUCAGGACUAUGUUUAUCUUCUAUGCUGUGGGAAUAGGCAUUCUCGGUUUACAAACGGUGGCGGCUGCGGUAUUGAUUGCGUUUCGUCAAGAUAUCCCGCGCUUGCCAGUAGUCAUGAUCGAUGGAGUGAACUCGGCUGCCUUCCUUUCGAUGGCUAUCGCCUCUUCCCUGGCCACCAGUGUGGGUAUACGUGCGAAUACAGCCCUGAAUCAGCAGCACGUGGCCACGGGCGCUCAGUCCUUGCUGGGCACAACGUUCCUAGUUUUGACUUGGUCGUCUAG